UUUUUUUUUUUUUUUCCCUGAGGUCAUGUUGUUCUUUUUCAGCUGUCCAUCUCAAAUCCUCUUAAUGUUUCUCUUGAUCCAUUCUUCUCCUCCAGUCCAGACCAUGUGUUAGUAGGCUUGACGCCUGCUCCUCUUCCUCUUCUUUCUUUCUUUUCGCUGCUGAUGCCCAUUUUCCACUCCCGCUCCCCCAUUCCUCCUUCAAUUCCUCUGCAUCGCCGGACAAUGUUGCAGCUUCGCCGGGCCUCUUGGCCCUAUUUUCUCAUCCCCAUCUUUCUCCUCUUUCUCUUCUUCCACGGUCUACCCUCCGCCCCUUCUAGCCAGUCUGACAAGAACGUCCCACUGGCUGCCCCUCCCGCCGCCGCCGACCAGUCUGACGUUCUGCACCCCGGCGACUUUAUCGAUGCAGCUCGCCACCGCGAUAUUCACAGCGAAGCUCUGAAUGCGCCCGAGACCCUCUUGGACGAGCCCGACGGGCCUGGCACGCUGCAUGACUUGCGGAAUGAAAAGUUCUAUCUGGGCGGCACUCUCUCCCUCACCACCGAAGAGGUCGGCGCCGCUCACCCCAAACCUGCCAUCUUCGACCCCUACCCCGCAUACAACAGCCACCAGUGGAGUAAGGAGUGGAAGGGAGAAUACAAAGUAUGCGAGGGACCUCGUGGCACAGAUCUCGAUCGCACAAGUCCUGAGGAUAUGAUCUCCGUCUAUCGCGGAAACCAAAGAGAAUUCCCCUAUCCCAUGUUCGGAUCGCAGGAAGCCAUGGGUGUCGACCCCAACGUUUGCUCCGACCGCUACUCCCGUUACGGCCCUUACGGUUACGAUGAGGACAACCACCAGACCGUUCCCGGCUUCCAGAGACCCCGUAAGGUCCGCUGGGACAAUGUCAACUGGGGUGAACUUCAGACCCAGUGCUACGAGCGCAACGCCGACCGUUACAACCCGCACUUUAUUGACCAGCACUACAGCCGACAUGUUCUCACGACGGAUAUCCCCCAGCGCCCCGUGGCUUACACUGAACCCACGUCGCCAGUGACCAAGUCGUACAAGCCGCGCCAGGCUGUCGUCCUCCGUGCUUCCUCGGAGAUGAACUGGACCCAGAGUCACCGUCAAUACCUCCGUUCGUUGAUCAUGGAAUUGUCGCUGCAUACCGGUAUGGAGUACCAGGUGUUCUUCAUGGUCGAUGUCAAGGACGACUCCCUCCCGAUCGAAACCGAAGACUGGGCCGUGAAGCAUGUCUUGGAUAACUCGGUCCCCGCCGAAUUCCGCAACAUGACUGUCAUGUUCAACGAACGACUUUUGGAGACAUGGUACAGCAAGGUCGAGGAGCACGUCGCUAAAUACCAGCACUUGCAGCCCAUGCAGAUUUUCGCGCAGAUGUACCCCGAGUUUGACUACUACUGGCAGUUUGAGUUUGACGCUCGUGUUGUUGGCCACAUGUACCACUUCCUUGAAGCCGCCAUCGCGUUCGCUAAGAAGCAGCCCCGCAAGCAGCUCUGGGAGCGCAACGCCUACUUUUACACCCCCGGCGCCCAUGGUACCUACGAAGACUUCUCGGAGAUGGUCAGCAAGUCCAUGGUGGGCAAGGAUGGUGUCUGGGGCGCUGUUCCCGUUCACGGCAUUAACCCCGUCGGACCCAAGCCUCCCGUCGCCAGCCCUCAAAACGACAACUACGAGUGGGGUGUGGGUGAAGAGGCCGAUCUCAUCACCUUCCUCCCCAUCUUUGAUCCCCGCAAGACGACCUGGACCUUCCCCAACAUGCUCUGGAACCUGGCGAUCGAAACUCCUCGCCGCUCGUCUGUCAUCACCCAGUGGCGCAUGUCGAAGCAGCUUCUCGAUGUGAUGCACGAAGCUCAAAUGGAGCAGGGACUUGGAUUUGUCUCUGAGAUGGCUGGCCCGUCAUUUGCUCUCCUGCACGGUCUCAAGGCCGUCCACGUUCCUCACCCGAUCUACGCUGACGGCAAGUGGACGCCCAAGGAAAUCGCCAAGAUCUACAACCCGGGUACUCCGGAGAACAUCAACGGUGAACCAGACAGUGUCUGGAACUGGAACCACCUUUACGACCACAUCAUGUACCGUACCACCUACAUGUUCACGACCCAGGCGGCCGAGGACUUGUUCAGACGGUGGUUGGGAUACAAGCCUGACCCUAACCAGUACACCGACGGCAGUCGCCACGAAGAUGGCCAAGGACGUUUCUGGUACGAUGGUGGUAGCUUGAACGAACCCGCAUACGGCCGUCUCUGCUUCCCCCACGUGUGGCUGCACACGAUCAAAAACUUCGAACUUCAAAAGGGCCCCGACAUGGCCGUUCCAGUCUAAACAUAGAAUUUGCUUUCCAUCUAGCGCUUGCUCCCUUCGUCUAUCUGGCCCGAACCGGCCAUUUUCUUUUCUUUUCCGAUUUCGUGUAUGUAUUAUUUGGGUGUCAUUGCUGGGUUAUCAUUUUCUGUAAAUAAACAACGGUAGAACGG